AUGGAGGACUCCACCAUGAACGACUUUUACACUAUCCUUGCCGAAUCUGCUGCGCCCGGGUUUGAAAGACAAGCACGGUCGCUUCUUGUCGAAGAGGAAGCCAAACUCGCUCGGAUAGAAUCGCAGCUUAAAAUGCUUUUAUGGACCCGCGACCGUCAACGAGCCCGAAUUGCUGCACUGAAAUACGUUGUUUCGCCUGUGCGAAUGCUACCUGCCGACGUCCUUCUCGUUAUCUUCAAACAGGCUUUUUGGCUGGGACUCGGAUCGUUCGAACCCCCUUCCCGACUGGUCCUCCGCCUGGCGUCUGUCUGCGCAUAUUGGCGCCAAUUGGUCAUCAGCUCGCCACGUUUAUGGGCCUGGGCUAUGAAACUCAAUGUUUCGAACAUAUCACCAUGGUACACAGAAGUUACAAAGACAGUAUUCCAGCGGUCUUCGCCACACCCGUUGUCCAUUACCAUGACUUGUAGGGACCAUAAAAAACCGGUCUCUGCCACAGUGGUGAAGACGGUUUUAUCCUUUGCCCAUCGCUGGUCUCGUAUAAAUGUCAACUUCGAUCUCACCCCUUUUCUCAAUGCCGCACCGCGGCCUACCUUGCUUGAACACUUGACUUUCGCAAAACUUGCCUUGAGUCAGGGUGCCAAAGGCAAAGAAUCCGACAUAUUUCUACACGCACCCAAAUUAUUCGAUCUAUCGAUCUCCAUUGGCCGUCUUGCAAAACUGCCACUUCCCUGGUCGCAGCUCACCAAACUCGAACUAACAACGUAUCGGCCGUUUACGUCGUCCGAGUUUCUUGCCACAAUAGAGCAAUGCACCUCCGUCAGCGAUCUUCAAGUUGAUAGCGAUGGCUGGGAACAAGGCGAUGACAUUUCGAUUCCGCCCCAUUUCGUCUCUCUACCUCGGCUUCGCAACCUGAACUUGAGGAUGUCUGGGAAUCUCGACCCUUUUUUCGCUCAUUUCACAUUUCCCGCUCUAUCGAAGCUCGAUGUUUAUCUCGAUUGGUCUGUAUCCUUUGAAAACUCACUAAGAGGACCAUUCUCAGCGUUCCUUGGGCGUUGUACUGCACUUGAGGAGCUGGAAAUCUUCGGUUCUGAAAUGAACAGCGAGACCUUGGAUGACAUUCUGCUCAAUAUUCCGUCAGUCGUCGAUCUCCAGCUCAUCUGUUGUUUUGCUUGUGUCGACAAUGCUUUUUUUGAGCGGCUCACCUACCGAGAAAUGGAUGCCAACCCACCGGCGCCCCGACUUGAAGCAAUAAAUCUCGAGAAUGUAGGGGACUGCUACGACGAGGACGUGGUCGUCGCUAUGGUGCGCUCUCGCUGGUGGAAGGACGAGGUUUACAAUGCAUUGCCGACUCCGCCCGGAGUUGCCCGAUGGAAAAACAUCUCCAUCUCCGCUAAUGACACCGAUGGAGCAGAGCUUUCAGACGAAUUCAAAGCGGUCAUGCAGGACAUAUGCGCCGAGGGCUUAAACUUCGAUGUUUACACAUAUACGCGACCAAGCGGCUAG